UUAGGUAAAGCGUGCAGCAAAUAUUGGUUCCUACCGCAGUCUCGCGUAAAUAUUGACGAGGAGUCGUACGGGACCAUCCGGAGAAUCGGACAACCGUCUUCCGUAGAAGACUGUCGCGGAACUUCACUGUUGAGAAAGUAACAAGAAAAACGUACACUUCCGUAUUUUUAUUCGCGAAACCCGGAUAAAAGACUACACGUGACAGACCAGUUGAUAAUCAAAAAGUAGGUCGUACUAAAUUGUUACAAGAGUUGAUUUACUUGAAGAGUUCUAAGAAUGUCGGUCCUGUUCCGCCAAGUUCUUCCAAGAAUUUGAUAAACAAAAAAGUACAUUUUGAAGGAUGAUAUGUUAAAGAAUUUUGAUAACAAAAUAGCGGUAUCCCGAAAAAAGAGAUGUUUUGGAAAAUAAAAGUUCAAAUGAGACAUUCGGUCUUGCGCUAAAUGUUAUUCGUGGGAAUUUCCGCUGAUGGUUGCUGAUUCCCGAAUAGGUAGGCAAUCGAGAAACACAAUGAAGAUGGGUAAGGGUUUAGUUUAGGACCUUCUUUUGCCUUUUUUGAUCGUCCGUCGUUGUUGUCGCGCGUUGUCCGGUACGUGAUCUUCUCGCGGGAAUCGCGUGCGAGGAUGACCGGAAGAACAUCGCUGGUGGAACAGAAAAGACUUCAGUGGGCAAAGGAAAGAGAAGAAAUGGCUCGUCUUGGAAUUAAUUGGGGACCUCUAAAAUCAAAUAACAACUACCGCACCCAUAUUCGUACUUACUCAAACGACGCCAGACUGUCCUUGGGGGAAAUAAAGGAAAAACCUUCCGUGCAACCCUUCCGUGCAACCGGACAUUACGGAAGCACCGUCAGUUUGAAAAGUCUGGCGACGGAAAGUUCCGGAAACGGCAAUACCAAUCUUAAAUGCCUUGAUUACAACGGCGGCAGUUUAAUAAAUCUGCGAAAUCAGGCGAAUCCAUUGCAAAUCAGACGAAGGAGUCCCAGUUUGCCGCCUAUUUUUAGCAAAGAGCAACAGCAGUACUUGUGCCAGUUGGAACAACAGCGUGACCUCGGCGUGGAUGGCUCGCAUUACCAGCCGCAUAGAUCGCAAAAACAGGAAUAUCAACGUCAUCGGUCUAACGAGCGUCGCGAUAAUCAAAAGGAGUCUCAUCAUUACGGCUCACCGGGCGAGGAACGCGAGGGCGAAACUUCCGGCUACGCUAGCGAUUCCGCGGACGUACCGCAGGCGGGACGAAGAUCUUUGGCUGAUGGAAAAGCAACAGUCAGAAUGGAAAUGACGGAGAAAAUGUGGCAGAAUCCUUACUGCACCACCCCGGAAAGUUCACUGCCGCCCUCGAGAAGGAUCUCGCCCGGUAGAAUUUGCGAACUCAACAGGCCGAGGUGGGGCAGUAUCUAUCAAGACGCGGCGAGAGACGAUCCACCGCCGCCUUCCUGGUUAUCAAGAUUAGGACAUUCGAGUCAAGUUCUGGUGAUCAAUCAUGAUAGCGCGAGCAGUCCGGAUAGUUCGACGACCGGUUCAACGGGCUCCGAUACGAACAAAGUGUCCUAUCUUCGAGGUCAGAACAUUCCGACGGACGCGAAUAUCCUUCAAGAACGAGAGGCGAGACGACAGAAGGCGUUAGAGCUACAGAACGCCAUUAAGCAGCAGCUCGAAGAGAAGGACAGGCAGAGGAAGGAAGAAAAAGAGCGGCGGAUGAGGGAAGAAAAAUUGGAAGAUGAACGUAUCAGACGCGAACAAGAGAGAGAAAAAGAAAGAUUCGAAGAAGAGCAGCGACUGUUGCGCGAGAAAGAAGCGGCGAAGCUGAAGAAGGCGCAGGCGAUGCGUGAGGUGUUGGAAGCUGCAGAGAGACUGGCAAAGGAAGAGAAGAAAAUUCGGCGGAAACGAGAGGAACACGCGGACGAAAAUGCCGACGUAAUAACGCGGUCUUCUGCUGAAUCUAACGCAAUUGCGAACGGCAUACGCGAAGAACAGAACUGUUCGCAAUCGCAAAGCUCGAGUUCAAUCGUCAACCAUACUCCCGAGCAGAUCGUCAACUAUACUCCCAGCCCGAAAGACGUUAAAAAAAUCGACAACCAACGAGAAAGCGAGAACGACAAGAAUUCGAAGGAAAUCUGCACAAGUCCGCGAUCCACUCGAUUGAACAAGUCCGAGGAAAAUACGUUAGAUCUGAAUCUGAAGUCCCUUCAAGUUCCCGUGAGCAAGGACGUGGCGAUCGUGUUGAGCGGCAGGCUGGAGGAUCCGGAUAUUCUGAGCAGAGCCAAUCUGCAGCUGGUGAACUUGGUGAUGACGCCGAGCCCGCGCAGAUUCGCGGAGAACACGGCGGAUUAUUUGUCUCUGGGUCUGAACACGAUUCUGAGGAAGAACGGAAGCGCCAGGAAUUCUUCCAGAAAAUCUUUGAGAGACACCGCGUCGGUCGUCGUGGAGAACAGACUGUUGACGCCGAGCAAGUACAGAACACCGGCCGGACGUGACUUCGGCACGCAGACCGACGUGGAAUCUGAUCUUCAGGAGCUGCGCGAUAAGUUGCAGGAUCAAUCGAUCAGGGAAGAAGACACCACGAAGGACAGAAAGGACACGACAAACGCCAGCCGAAAAAACGUUGAAAAGUCUACCAACAACGUGGGCGAGGAAAUCUCUAUGAAGACACUUUCGCGAUCCAAAUCGCAGCCCAGAAAUACGCUCGAUACCAGACCGCGAUGGAAUGCCAAUCGUCCAGGUACGCGAUAUCGAACGCAAAGUGAAAAAGAUCCGCACUAUCAGAGACGAUUGCGACUGAGAAGACGCCAGGUUGAGUCCAGCGAUGAAGGAUCCAGAUCACCGUCGCCCGAUAGGCGAAAAUCGAAUAAUGGAAAAUCGAAGAAUCGAAAUGCAAUCAGACGUAAAGUGAAACUCGAGAAUUACGACGCCGAUUUGUCAAUGGACAGCCUGAAUUCCGUCGUUCCUCUGCGAAUCGACAAAAACGGAAAGAUUAAUAUCGAGGAUCGUUCCGAUAAAAUACCGAGUAAUACUUGUAAUGAUAAGACGAGUCACGCAAAACGAUCCGAAACUGAUACCUCUAAUGUCUGGUGCGGGCAAGAGAUUUUAUCUCAAUUGUCGUCGUUGAAAAGCGGACUUUUGAUGAAGCAGGUCGAGUGGGACUCCGAGCGAUGUUUGGUCUCGCCGGCCGCGUCCGAAAUCUUUUAACACACCGAGACUUUUCUA